UACAUAACCAUAGAAAAGAAGGUUAAUUUUUCUCAUAGCCUCCCCAGGAGGCCUCUAACUAAUAAUUAAAAAAAAGUUGAAUAAAAAAUACAGGUAUUAUAGAAAGAAAAAGAAGCUGAAUAAAAGAAAUGGCCACUGCAAAGAGAGCUGCUGUUCUAAUUUUGUGGUUUGCACUGGCAUAUUGUGUUGAUGCUGGUCCAAGAAAAGGGCCACUUGUUGGUCCUGAUAUCUACAAAGGUAAAAAUGUUGCAAAGGAUAUCCUUGCUCCUGGAGAGAAAAUAGUUAAUGUCAUGAGUUUUGGAGCCAAACCUGAUGGCAAAUUCGACUGCACUCAGGCUUUCAUGGAUGCAUGGAGAGCAGCAUGCAAGUCCAAAGUGCAAGCCAGGCUUCUGAUCCCUGUGGGAAGAUUUGUGGUUUCUUCAAUGUUUUUCGCAGGGCCAUGCUUGACUCCAGGGCCCUUAACAGUCCAAGUUGUAGGCACUGUUGUGGCCACAACAGAUAUCAGUGAAUAUGAGAAUGGAGAAUGGCUCAUGUUUCAGGAAAUCGCUGGCCUAAAAAUUAUUGGUGGAGGUACUUUUGAUGGAAGAGGAAAGGCUUCAUGGUCAGAAACUGAGAACUGUGAAACAAACCCAAGCUCCUCAUGCGUCAGGGCCCCUAGUAGCCUUUAUUUCAGCAGAGUUACCAAUGGAAUUAUACAGAACAUCAAUUCCUUAGACCCCAAAGGCUUUCACAUAUUUGUCACUAACUGUGCAAACAUUAGACUUAGAUUGCUUAAGCUCAAUGCUCCAGGUACCAGCCCCAACACUGAUGGCAUUCACUUGAGCCACUCCACCAAUAUAAAAAUAUCGAGAAGUAGCGUUCAAACCGGAGAUGAUUGUGUCUCCAUGAUACAAGGAAUCAACAAUGUUACCAUCAAUAGACUACAGUGUGGUCCUGGACAUGGUAUUAGUGUUGGAAGUCUUGGAAAGUACCCGGAUGAGCUAGAAGUGAAAGACGUUCGGGUCCAAAACUCGAAAUUGUCUGGCACAACAAAUGGCCUCAGAAUCAAGUCAUGGCCAGAUAAGUAUCCAGGGGCAGCAUCAGAUAUAAGCUUCAGUGGCAUUACUAUGGAAAAUGUUAAAAAUCCUAUCAUCAUUGACCAAGAGUACCAAUGCUCUCCAAACUGCAAUAAGAAGCCUUCACUAGUAAAGAUCAGAAAUAUUCUCUUUUCAAACAUAAAGGGAACCACUAUUUCACCAAUUGCAGUGGAUUUAAGGUGUAGCAAGCAGUUCCCAUGCCAAAAUGUUAAACUUCAGAACAUAGACCUGAAGCUUGGAGCCAGCCCUGGUGGCUCUAGAUGUGCCAACAUUAAACCUCUUUAUAUCGGCUUGCAACGACCACCGGCAUGCCCAUAGUUGUCUGAUUUGAAAAGAAUUAUGCAUCUCAUUGCUCUGGCAAUAAAGUGGAAGGAAUGAAAGGUAAGGUUUUGGACAGUUGGACCUAAUGAGGCGAACAUGUGCAAUGGUUUUGAAGGAUGGUUUUUUGAAUCCUAACUUAUGAUGCUGAACCCAAACCUGCUUGAAGCCAUAUUUUUUACUUAGCUGAAUAUAUAUUAGAAUCAGCUUUGUGUAUAGAAAGCCAAGAGUUGUAUAUAAAAUAAUAGUAGUGCUUUGGGAUUUAUUUUUUUCAUCCUUAGUUACAGUGUAAACAAAAGUAGGGUUAAAAUAUUCAUCAAUUGUAAUUAUGAAGUAGUUUUCCAUUUCAAUUA